GUGUCAUCUUUGGUUAUCUUUACCUAUUCUUGUUAUCGCAUGCUAAGCUAAUUGACUGCAAUCACAGCAUUAGCACUAUUACUUAAUUAAGUUUUACCUCAAAAUUCAUUUUCACGAAUUGCUACUUUAAAAUGCUGGACGGUGUGAAACAUAUCAUUCUAGUUCUCUCUGGUAAAGGAGGAGUCGGAAAAUCUACUGUCAGCACACAGCUCGCGCUAGCUCUCAAAGAUAAAGGAUUCAAGGUUGGUCUCCUGGAUGUGGACUUGUGUGGUCCAUCCGUCCCGCAUCUCCUAAAUCUGGAAGAUCAGGAGGUUCACCAAUGCCCUGAAGGCUGGGUCCCUGUUUAUACUGAUCAAGAUCAACGACUUGCUGUCAUGUCAAUUGGUUUUUUACUGAAAAGCAAGAAUGAUAGCAUUAUCUGGCGAGGACCAAAGAAGACAGGAAUGAUCAAGCAGUUCUUAACAGAUGUUUAUUGGCAAGAUAUUGAUUACCUAAUCAUUGAUACCCCUCCUGGAACAUCGGAUGAACACAUUACUGUCAUGGAGAAUGUUCGGCAACUGCCUUGCGAUGGUGCUAUCCUAGUCACAACUCCUCAAGCAGUCGCAAUCGAAGAUGUUCGCAAAGAGCUUACUUUCUGCAGGAAAACUAGCAUUCCAAUCCUAGGCAUAGUGGAGAAUAUGAGUGGCUUUGUUUGUCCUCACUGUUCUACUUGUUCCAACAUAUUUUCAUCUGGAGGUGGAAAAUCAUUAGCUGAGUACGCAUCUGUACCAUUUCUAGGAGCCAUCCCAAUUGAUCCAAGAGUCGGUGUUACUGGACAGAGUGUGGUAUCAACUUUGCCCAAUUCACCAGUGGCAAAUGCUUUCAGUAGUAUUGUUAAUCAGUUAACAGUAGAGAGCAUGGAAAUCAGUGAACGAUAAUCCUUGAUUUUACAUUAUCACUUUGUCUUUCAAUUUGAUUCUCAAGUGAAAUGACUUUUGAUUGAGUAACCAUGCUGCACUGCACCAAAUAGCUGGAUGUAUCUGCUGCAGGGAAAGAAUAGUUUUUAGCAAGAGAGAAGGGGAGGACCGAAAAAAUGCUAGCACAGAGAAAAAAGAGAUAAUUUGCCUCAUAGUAAAAUGUGAGUAGGAAUGGCUUGUCCUUUUUUUCACAUUGAUGAAGGAAAGGAAAAAAUUAUCUGAGAAGUAGUUGAAGGUAACUUUUUCCACAACUCAUCCUAAGUCACUUUAAACUAUUUCUAAGUUCAACGACAGACCGAUUAUUGAAAGUUUAGAGCGGCACAAGAAGAUAUUGAAAUGGGAAAUAUUGCACGCUUAAGAUAUGGCUGCCUCGUCUUGUCGUGUCAACAAAGAAUUAAUAAUCAGGCUGCAGGUGAUCAAAGUUACGUGAUGGAUUCAUCGAAACGAUGAUCAUUUACUUAUUUAGUAUAGAUUGAUACAGACAAGCAAUUUUCAUUGUAAUGGUACUACAUUACAACUACAUUAGUACUAUAAGAAUAAUUACUUUUAGAAGCUGCCUCAAAAUUUGCCCACCUUUGCUCCAAUUCCUAAGUCACAAGAUUAGACAUACUUACAUAGGUACCCAGUUGUGUGGAAUAGAUUAUUUUACCGCAGGUUUGUCAUUUUGUGCCUCAAACAUUUUGAAUUAAGUAUAAAUCAUACAUUUUGAUUUGAAUGUUUACAUUCUGAAUCAAAAAAAAAUGUCAAUUUUGGAUUUUUAGGUCAAGAGAAUUAAUCAUCUGAAGGUUGCACGAAACAUUGCUUUGUAAUAUUGGUAACAGGAUUCUUUGAGACAUAUGGUAUAUUUGUAAUUUCUUUUGGAAGUUGGCUCAUUCACUAAGUAUUAUUUCAUUUUAUAAUUCACCUAUCAAGAAUGUGAAGUCAAAUUUUUUAUUGAUUGCCUCUUUUCUUGUACCUCAUGUUUUUGCUAGAAUUUUUUAUUGUUAUACAGUCUUUGUUGUUCAAAUAAAAACAUUAAUUUCUGCA